AUGCAACGUGCUCGCGGCGGUUGUAUGAGCUGUCGGCGGCGGAAACGAAAGUGUGACCGCCGCCGUCCGUUUUGCGAAGCCUGUACUCAACGAGGGAUCCAAUGCCCUGGAUACUCAACGCCCCUGCGCUGGGUGGAUGGUGCUGCGAAUCACUCCUCUGCCGGCGAAGGUAGCAGCAAUGCUACUAGCAAUCCAGCCGGAUCCAACACUCUCGCAAGUCAGAUCGCACUCCCGAAUCGCCCCAGCCCUCAGGUACAGACGACACAUGUUACGGAUGAGCUUUUCCAUAAGUUUCUCCGCACAGGCCUCAUGAACCUCUACAGCACAUCAGUGUGCUCAUGGGUCCAGCCGUUCUUUGUUGAGAUGUCUGCCAAGAGCAAAUCUCUAGUAUUGCUAUCUUCCGCCAUCCAAGCCUAUCUUGAUGAAGGUAGCUCGGACAUGUCUGUCUCCUCAAUGGAGUACGUUGACACUGCUCUGAAGGAGUUUCGGCGCGAAAUCGUGGCCCAUUACGAUGUUAUGCCGGCUGCCACGGCGUGCUCUGGCGUACUGCUGUGUGUUCUUCAAUUCCUUCAAGCCCAACCGUGUACACCCGUCAUUGGACUACUCGCCGAAACCUUCCAUCUGAAUGCUCCUAUAUCAUAUCUCAAUCCCAAUCCCGAGCAUGACCUCUCAGUACGGCAUGCCUUGGAAUUCAUCGGUCUCAUGGACAUGCCCUGUCUCGUACUAGGAAGAAAGUGUCCCUCUCUCGGUAUUUGGAGACGCUUUCGACAAGUUCAAGACUCCUGGAAAGGGGGAAGAGUCAAGGCCUUGGAAGUCAUCACUGGUGUGCCGCAUUCGCUGUUGGAUAUCUUCGCCGACACCCCGUUCGAGACGGCGGAGGUCUCCAUAAGUCGGUUCUGGGGAUGGCCAGGUGAAAUGGGCGAGUACGUUCAGUGCUUGUUGUGGGAUUGUUGGCGGUUUGCCGGUAUGCUUCACAUCCGCAGACGCGAGCAGCGUAUUAUAAACGCGACACAGAAAGACGGCCAAUUCGUUGGCGACGAUCAGCAGGACGCACUGCCAAGUUCAGAAAUUGUUCUAUACCGUCUAGUAUCAGGACUUCAUCUCUUUUGUGUGGCGUGUCAGCUGCCCGAGAAUCAGCAUCUGUUGUGCCGCAAUGGCAUCGUCUUCCCUCUGAUAACGGCAUGUCUCGAAACUCGACUCCUUAAGCGGCAUCCUGACUGGAAACAAACUGUGGAUGACGUGCUGUCGGCUGCUAAGAAGAGGUAUCUCUUUCAGUUGGCACGAUCUACGUGGGAGCUGCUCGAUGAAGCUUGGAAGGAUGGUACCAUGGAAUUUGACCUAGAUAAAGCAGCAUCACGCAGAGGCCAGGAGGUUUCAUUAUUGUAG